AUGCCCUUUGAUCAGCGAAUCGUUGUCUCAGGAACCAAGAGGCUGAAAAGCGAGCUCGGCGCACAACGGUUUUCGUAUGGGCCUGUUGCAUUCAGAGAAUACAACGUGCGGUGGUAUGGUAUAUCUAGCCCCUAUGGCAAAAGUCAGGACGACUGA